AUGUGCCUCUUCAUUGAUACAUACAUGCUGAUUUGGCUUAGACUACAACGGGGUGCAGGCGGCGGCGCCGGUGGGGGAGGCUUCAUUCCCGGAGAUGGCAGCCAGCAAAGCCCAGGAGGCAGGCGCGAACACACCCAGGAUUCGCUGCGUCCCGUGACUAUCAAACAGUUGCUGGAUGCUCAGCUCGAGGCUGGCAGCAACGACACGUUCAAGAUUGACGGUUCACCGGUUUCACAACUUACCUUCGUCGGUCAAAUACGGAACAUCUCAACACAAACAACGAACACCACCUACAGGCUGGACGACGGAACCGGCAGCAUUGAAGUCAAGCAAUGGGUUGACUCAGACACGGUUGACCAGACCAACCCUACAAAGGCGAAGCUCGUCGAGGGCGCAUAUUGUAGAGCAUGGGGCAAGCUGAAGAGCUUUAACGAUCGGAGAUCUGUCGGUGCGCAAAUCAUUCGGCCGGUCGAGGACAUGAACGAAGUCUCUUACCAUCUGCUUGAAGCCACAUCAGUACAUCUGUUCUUCACCCGAGGACCUCCUGGUGGUGCAAACACGGGCACUGGUGCUGCUGCCGUCACCAACGGAGGUGGACAACAGGGGACUGGAGGCGGUGAUUAUGGUGGCUAUGACCUGCGCACUCUGACUCCGGCUGCGAGGAAGGUGUUCAACUACCUGAGAUCAACGGAGCAGUCGAACGAGGGCAUUCACCAACAUGCUAUUUCGGCACAACUCGGCAUGGACACGGCAGAUGUAGCCAGGGCUGGAGACGACUUGUUGGCUGGUGGUCUCAUCUACACCACCGUGGACGAUCAGACCUGGGCUGUCCUCGAGGCAGAAUAA